AUGCGUGCCCAGGGCUGCCGUCCUGACUCGAUUGUCUACAAUGCCAUCAUAGAUGCUGUGUGGGAGACAGGUGUGAUCUGGGGACAGAAACGCGCCCUGGAGAUCUUUCGGCAGGCCCAGACAGAAGGCCACUUCAAGCAGCAGGCCCUGGAUGGUGCACACAGGGUGGAGGUCAACCUGCACGCGAUGACCGCUGGGGUAGCUGUGCUCAGUCUCUACUGCUGGCUGCUUGAACUCAGGAGGAGAGUGUUGUCUGGUGAGCCUGCCUCUGAGUGCCUGCCUGCUGAGCUGUGCAUCGUGACCGACAAGGGCCGAAACAGCAAGGAGCAAGGUAACCUGGUGGUGAAGGAGGCAGUGGCGGCCAUGAUGGACAGCUGGGGGGCCCCUUUCAGGCCUGUGCAGGACACCAUGUACUCUGGAGUCUUGGAGGUUUCUGGAAGCGACGUUAGAGAUUGGCUGCUGUCGCCAGUCUUUGAGGAAAAGCUGUUCAGCUUCUUCCCGUGUGCAGAUCUCCCGGCUGCUGUGGCAAACACGUCAUCUUGGGAGGACAGCCAUGCCGUCAAUGCCGCUUCCGCCCUGAGCGACCCCGACUUCACCAAGGAGAGCACCGUGGAGGCUCGUUGUGCAGAGGCAUUCGCCGCCGUGCAUGCCUUUGAGAGCACGCACUCCCUGGCCCUGCAAGCCAUGGGCCUCACAUAUCUGCAACACCGCACCCGGCUUGUGGGCAGUGUCAUCAGGUACACCCGCCAGCUUGGCCUGGGGGAUGAGAUAGCUCAUGAUGCCGUUCUGCUCAUGGACCGAACGAUGUCCACGGCGAUUCAGAUCAAGGACAACUUGUUGGAGCUGCUGUCGGUGGCAUGCAUGGUGCUGGCGAUGAAGCAGGCCGAUGCAAUGGAGAGCAUGCCAAGCAACGAGGACCUGGAGCUUGUGACAGACUGCAAGGCCUCUGCCGUCGCAAAGAUGGAGUGGAACCUGAGGCAGGUGCUGGGAGGUGACACCGCCACGAUCUCUACCCUGCGCUGCCUCAAGCUAUACCUUGAGCGCCUGGGGACGAACUUUCUGGACCCACGGUCCUGUGCGCAAGUUGCUGGCAACGCCUGUGCACUGAUAGAAGACUCCAUGGUGGAUGUGACCUUCCUAAACUGCAGGCCCUCUGUCGUGGCGGCAGCCAUCAUGUAUGCAGAGAGGCGAUCAAGGGGCAUCAUCCCCUUCUGGCCCUCCAUGAUGGCCAAGCUCACGGGAUACCAGGACAUGAGCUCCCCAGAGCUCACUGUGGCCAUCCGCGGCGCCCAGAAGUUGUGCCAGAACCAGUCCAAGUGCUCCCCCGCCCCC